AUGAACGACUCAAUAGACGACGAUUUUCCGCCGGAGCCACGUGGCAGGUGUUACACGUGGCCAAUGCAACAAUACAUCUAUCAGGAAUCGUCAGCAACCAUUCCCCAUCACCAUUUAAAUCAACACAACAAUCCGUAUCAUCCAAUGCAUCCUCAUCAUCAAUUACCUCAUAUGCAACAACUUCCUCAACCUCUAUUGAAUCUUAACAUGACGACGUUAACAUCUUCUGGCAGUUCCGUGGCCAGUUCCAUUGGAGGCGGAGCUCAAUGCUCUCCGUGCGCGUCGGGCUCCUCGACCGCUGCAACAAAUUCCUCUCAACAGCAGCAGACCGUUGGUCAAAUGCUUGCUGCAUCGGUGCCUUGUUCUUCAUCUGGCAUGACACUUGGAAUGUCACUUAAUCUGUCACAAGGCGGUGGUCCAAUGCCGGCAAAAAAGAAGCGUUGUCGUAAGAAGCCAACCGAUCAAUUGGCACAGAAGAAACCGAAUCCAUGGGGUGAGGAAUCCUAUUCGGAUAUCAUUGCCAAAGCAUUGGAAUCGGCGCCAGACGGAAGGCUUAAACUCAAUGAGAUUUAUCAAUGGUUCUCUGAUAAUAUUCCCUACUUUGGAGAACGAUCUAGUCCCGAGGAGGCCGCCGGAUGGAAGAACUCGAUCCGUCACAAUCUGUCUCUUCAUUCUCGUUUCAUGCGAAUUCAGAAUGAAGGAGCCGGAAAGAGCUCGUGGUGGGUUAUUAAUCCAGAUGCAAAGCCAGGAAGGAAUCCACGGCGUACACGUGAACGAUCCAAUACUAUUGAGACGACUACAAAGGCUCAACUCGAAAAAUCUCGCCGCGGAGCCAAGAAGAGGAUAAAGGAGAGAGCAUUGAUGGGCUCCCUUCACUCGACACUUAAUGGAAAUUCGAUUGCCGGAUCGAUUCAAACGAUUUCUCACGAUUUGUAUGAUGAUGAUUCAAUGCAAGGAGCAUUUGAUAACGUUCCAUCAUCUUUCCGUCCCCGAACUCAAUCGAACCUCUCGAUUCCUGGAUCGUCGUCUCGUGUUUCUCCAGCUAUUGGAAGUGAUAUCUAUGAUGAUCUAGAAUUCCCAUCAUGGGUUGGCGAAUCGGUUCCAGCAAUUCCAAGUGAUAUUGUUGAUAGAACUGAUCAAAUGCGUAUCGAUGCAACUACUCAUAUUGGUGGAGUUCAGAUUAAGCAGGAGUCGAAGCCGAUUAAGACGGAACCAAUUGCUCCACCACCAUCAUACCACGAGUUGAACAGUGUCCGUGGAUCGUGUGCUCAGAAUCCACUUCUUCGAAAUCCAAUUGUGCCAAGCACUAACUUCAAGCCAAUGCCACUACCGGGUGCCUAUGGAAACUAUCAAAAUGGUGGAAUAACUCCAAUCAAUUGGCUAUCAACAUCCAACUCAUCUCCACUGCCUGGAAUUCAAUCGUGUGGAAUUGUAGCUGCACAGCAUACUGUCGCUUCUUCAUCGGCUCUUCCAAUUGAUUUGGAAAAUCUGACACUUCCCGAUCAGCCACUGAUGGAUACUAUGGAUGUUGAUGCAUUGAUCAGACAUGAGCUGAGUCAAGCUGGAGGGCAGCAUAUUCAUUUUGAUUUGUAAAUUCUCUUCAUUUUGUUUCCCCUGGUGUUGUUCGAAAGAGAGAUAGCAAAGCAGCGAGGAGUGAGAAAUCUUCCGUCUUCAUCUUUUCAAAUCCCUACCUACACACACUCAACGAUCAUCACAGCCAGACCAUCAAUAUUCUUCCAAAUUUUGACGUCGUUAAUUUUUUUUCAGUUUUUUCAAAAACUCUAUUUUCUAUUUUCUGUCGUUUGUUCCCCUUUCUCUCGUCUAAUUCCAACACAUUCAUCCCAGUGACGUCGUGUAAUAAUAAUAUAAAAUACCUCUUCUCUCUUUCUUCCCCUAAUGCGAAAUAUCGAAAAACCGUUGAUUAUUACCUCUUUUUUCUUGUUUUUUUUUUCUCUCUCUCUCUCCCGUCAUCCAGGUUCUUCACUCUUUAAAUGCUACCUCUAUCCCAUCUUUUUCGCUGUAAAUUUGUUUCGCAAUCAAAACUGCUAAAACACAUUCCCCAAUCUGUCUUUUUUAAUUGAAUUUUUCAAAAAAUUUGAUUUCUUGAUUUCUCUUGUAAUUCUUUAAUUUUCCUCUUUUUUUUCCCCCUGGUAGCAAAUGUCUAGCGAUUCUCUUUCUUUUUUUGUUUAACUUUCACAUCUGGCCGAUUCGAAUCCUCCGUAUACACACACACAUAGUAAUCUACCUCCAAAAUUUUACUGAAAGAUGUGAUCCCCUCUCUGUCUCCCUCUACAAAACAUUAUUUGUCUGUUUGUGUAUAUUGCCACCACGUCGAUUUUAAAUUAAAACCAUCGUUUUUUCUUCUUUUCUACUUUUUUCUCGAAAAAUUUAACAACACACAAAAAAAUCCUUCAAAAAAUCUCAGUUUUAAAUGGUGUGGCAAUAUAUCGGAUCCCCCUCUACACCAGAACAGUCUUGCAAUUUCAGAGAAUGAUUUUCAGAUUUUUCAUAUCACAGGCCCCCUUUUUUUGCUUGUUUUUUUCUCUACCUCUCUUUCUUUUCAUUCUAUUUCUCUCUCUUGUUUUCUCUCUGUUAUCCUGUACAUUUUCCUUCCAAUUCUUUCUGGCUAUUUCUGAUUUUCGAGUUCAUAUUCUCUACGUCUCACUUUCUCUCGCGCCACGCCCCCUUUUUCGUCUCCCUCCGCCCCCAAAUAUAUUUGCGACUGUAUGAUGAUGAUGAUGAUUUAAUAAAAAUCAAAUUUGAAU